AGAGUAACGGGGCACGGGGAGGUGGUGCGUCGCUCGGCCGUUCGCUCUCAUAUUCGUGCUGGUCUGUUGGCCCCGUAGUGGAGAUGAGUUAACAGGAAGGAGCACGCAGCAGGUGUUCCUACGCCUCGCGGACUCCUUCCUGCAGGUUAUGAAGACUUGUUGCCCGGCGCUGAUUGCUUCCCGCGUAGUGCUUGCCUCGGUUGGACGGAGCAGCCACGCCGGAGUGAUCAAGACAGUGAAAACAAUACGAUGCUAGACAGGCAGUGACGGGACACCAUGUUAUAUGCGCGGAACUGUACGAGCGGCUGACGUCGUUUUAAAUAAUUUUAUUGAAGUAUCGAAUUAGGUUUCGUAGUAGAUACAAUUUUCAAGAGGAAGUGAAUUAGAAGUGUAAAAAAGAGUAAAAGAGAAAACAAAACGGUGAUACACUUUUUACUGUAUACUCCGUAGUGAAUCACUUCUCUGUGCGUGUGGCUCUGUGGUGAGACUGGUGAUUCUUGGGAGUGCUCUCAAGAAUGGUGUACGAUGUCCGCUCGAGAAACAGGAGACAGAAGUAGCACAGACACGCGCGGCCGGUGGCAGGUGGAGGGUGAGCCAGUGUCGGCGUCACAGCAAACGGCCCCGAGUCGGCUCCGGCGCAGGAGUCGGCAUGGCCCCGCGUGGGUCGUGCUGGCCGUGCUGUCACUCCUAUCCACAGGUCGGGGACACAUUCGGGAGGGUCGUCGCGGGCCACCACUUCUGCUGGGGGAAUCAGAACCCACCCUGCCCCCGCCGCCCCCGCCCCAGCUGGACCCCUCCCACUCCACUGAUGUCACGGCCCUCGCUGACCGCCCCGCCAUCCUCAACUGUCGGGUGCACAACAUCAACAACAAGACGGUGUCGUGGAUCCGCCACAGGGACAUCCACCUGCUGACGGUGGGCCGCUACACCUACACGUCAGACCAGCGGUUCAGGGCGCUGCACGAGGAGGAUUCUGACGACUGGCUCCUCAAGAUAAACUACGUGCAGACUCGUGACUCCGGGAUGUACGAGUGUCAGAUAUCGACCACGCCGCCACUCUCUCACUUCGUGCGACUCAACGUUGUCAAGCCACACACGCACAUCCUGGGAGGCCCCGACAUGCACAUCAACACAGGCUCCACCAUCAACCUAACCUGCCUUGUGGAGUACAGCCCAGAGCCGCCAGACUUCAUCUACUGGAACCACAACAACAAGAUUAUAAGCUACGAUUCAAGUCGCGGCGGAGUCACGGUCAUCAUUGAGAAGGGAGACCUCACCACCAGCUCAUUGCUCAUACAGGAUGCGCGUCCCUCUGACUCAGGCCGCUAUGACUGCAACCCAUCCAACGCAGCCUCUGCCAAUGUCACCGUGCACGUGUUAAACGGGGAACACCCGGCGGCGAUGCAGCACGGCGGCCAGGGAACCUACACCUCCUCCUCCUUCAAGAACGUGCUCUCCCUCCUGGCCCUCCUUGCCGCCCUCCACGCCCUCCUGAAGUAGAAGGGGGGAGAGAAGCCGAGGAAAGGAAAGGACAGAGAAAUGGAGGAGAGGACUUGAGAGGGGGAGCUUCAGACUGAUAAAGGGAUGAAAGGGAUGCGGGAGAGAGAGAGAUAGAGGAAGACUCGGGACGGUGACUGAGGAAGGAGGAGAUUGAGACGAGUGGGAGAUGAACGAAGGAUUGAAGGACCUGAAAAGCUGUGCCUACCGAACCAGCUGACUGAAAGAGGCAAAGAAGGACAAGUGGGAUGAGCAACGGGGACGAGGGUUGAGGGGAAUCAUUGAGGGUUGAAUUGAUCGUUCACAGUGAGAGUGAUUAUCCUUGAAAUUGUUCGGUGUGUGUGUGUGUGUGUGUGUGUGUGUGUGUGUGUGUGUGUGUGUGUGUGUGUGUGUGUGUGUGUGUGUGUGUGUGUUAUUUUUUUGGUAAUGACACAUGUGACGGGCGAGUGAAGCAACUGAAGCCGCACUAUCAAACCUUCCUGUCAGUCUUAAUAUUCCUCCUGAGAUGUAAAUAUAUGUAUAACAAUGUAAAA